AUUGAGAAGAGGAUUAAAGGUCCUGGUUGGAGUAGGUUCCAGAACAGAUUGAUGGCUAGUUGAGUGGUUUGCUGAAGUUAGUCCCAGCGCUGCGGACGCUAGGAAGGUUGGAAGCCAAAGGCCGCGGUUUCGCGGCUGCCGGGUUUUUUUUUGGAGGUUCACGCCGUGAGAGCCGCCUUCCGUGCGUGAGGGAGCCGGCAGCUUCAGGCCCCUGGGACCCGCCUCCCCAGCCCUGGCGCUAGUCACCUCCGGCGGGCGGCGCCGACACGCAAAGCCCGAGGCUUCAGACUUGGCUCUAGGCCCUACUUGAAAAGAAUAAAACCGGCAGCGGAACUUGGGGUUUCCUCCUUCAGUUGGAGGGCAAGGCCAGAGUGUCCUUGGCUCCGGUUUCUCGCCCUCCACCCCAAGCCUUGCAUCUUCUUCUGCAGUUGGACCCUGUCACUGUGCUGAUACUCUGCCCUAUUGCCUAUCUGAUGAUCCUGGUUCGCUCUCUGCAGCUUCCAUGUGGUCCUAGCCGGCCUGUGAGCCAUGUCCAAGAAGCAAGCGGUCAAAACCAGGACUAACAAGAAACUGGAUUUGGAGCGGAAAAGAGACGAAAAGGCGGUGAGACGAGCCCUGGCUAAAGAGAGGAAGAACAGGCCCCAGGAGGGAUCAGAGGAUGAAGAGUUUUUGAGCUUUGCCAACCAACUGCUGGCCAUGGGACUCAAACUCAGGGAAGUUCCUGGUGAUGGGAAUUGUCUCUUUCGUGCGCUCGGAGAUCAGCUAGAAGGUCACUCUCGAAACCACCUAAAACACCGGAGGGAAACAGUGGACUUCAUGAUAAAACAUCGUCAAGAUUUUGAACCAUUUGUUGAGGAUGAUGUCCCUUUUGAUCGAUAUGUUGCGAAUCUGGAAAAGCCGGGCACAUUUGUUGGCAAUGAUGUGAUUGUCGCCUUCGCAAGGAACAACCAAGUGAAUAUUGUGAUUCACCAGCUUAACGCCCCACUUUGGCAGGUUUUUGGAACCCGCAAGAGUAAUGCUAUAGAGCUGCACAUUGCCUACAGAUAUGGGGAGCACUAUGACAGCGUACGCAUGCUGAAUGAUAAUUCAGAAGCACCUGCAAAUCUAAAGACAGAGAUGCUCAUUAAAGAUGAAGGAAAGAAGAAAGAUCGAAACAAAAUCAGUCCUUACCAGAUGGAAGAUAUACGGGAUUUUGAAAGGGAAGUGACCAAGACUGAUUUGGACGAUGCAAUUCAGAAAGUACGCAAUGCAACGGGGUGCAUGGACACCGAUGUGAUUAUUCAGAAUCUGGAAGCUGAAAACUACAACAUAGGGUCUGUAAUAUUUGCAAUUUUGCAAACAGAUGAACUGAAGAAUAGCAAUAGUGAUGAAGAUUCCAACAAAACCAGUUCUAAUUGCAGCCCUCCGAACAUGUCACCCCUAUGGAUGGAGAAUGGAACUGGUAACAGGAUUUUUGGAAAUCACACUGUCAAUGCUGAAGAGUUUGAAAACAACAGGUGGCCUAAUGACAUAGAAGAAAACAAAAGGACCAAAAAUAAGGUAACGAACAAGCAGCGAAAAGAACAGCAAAGGUUGGAAAAGAAGAAACGACAGGAGGAACGACACCGGCAGAAGGUCCUAGAGAGCAGGAGCAAUAAUAUGGAAGACAACGGGACUGAUAGAGACUUUCAAGCACCAGUUACCCUAGUGAAAACAUUUACAACUUUAAAUAUUUGAUCUGUGGAUAGCAGCCAGCAAUCAUCUGACAUUGAAUGGGUUUCAUUAGUCUCCUGAGUGGGGGAUAACAUCGUGGGAGUUGGAGAAGUUUUCUGAUGCUGCUCUCGAUUUAAGAAAAUAUUUGAUUUCACAUCUUCUUCAAGAACUUGUUUUCUUUGCAAACUUGCACAUAGGCAAACAGGAAGAAAUGGCCGAAAAGGUGGAAGCGUCGAUUAUUUGCAUUUUACAAAUGCAGUAAAUCUUCAAAGAGUAACAAGUCAGAAUUUAAAUAAGCAUUGUGAAAUGUAUGUUUAGAUGAAAUAGCAGUAAAUGGACUUACAGACAAGAAAGUUCUUUAAUAAUUGCAAACAUGGGUUAGAUGCUGGCUAUAAUAUGUUUUACGUUGUCACAUGCUCCUUACACCUUCAUUAAUAUUCAUUACUGGAAGUGAAAUAUGAGGCCCUUUCUUGAGAAGCUGCAUUAUACACUGGCUUUUGCAUAUUGUACAUUUCUAAAACCAUCACUGAUAUAGUGUUCACAAGAUGGUGUUUUCCUGUAGGCAUCAGGAGGGGUAGGGCCAUAAACACUUUUGGAAGUGAAGCUGUUCCAUUUUUUUAAUCCUUACCAGGACUUUAUUUUUAAGUAAAGAGUACAAAUAUGCUGCUAAUCACCAAAAAUGAAGUUCUUUUCCAUACAGAAUGUGCUAACAACUUUAUCUUAGUAGGCUCAAUGGCUGUUAAUCUAGUAUAAAGCAAGUAGAAGAACUGCAACUUUUGAUUAGCACCAGACGUUCCUAUGUCGAACUCAUUAAAGCUUUGUCAGAGAUAUUUUUGGAGGUGACUUAAGUUAAUUAAUCUCCUGAAUUUGUUUAUUGAAUUUCUACCUCUUGAGAAUUUUCCUUGCUUGAAAGUAAGGAAUCAUUUGAUUGUGGAAAGUGGUUCAGAAUAGCCACUAAGUGUUUGAAACAGUAAUUCUUAUGGACAACAAAGGAAGACAGCUGGUCAUCCUAUAAUGCUUGUGUUUACUCUAUUUUUCCUCUGUAUAUAAAAUAAUAAAUAUCUGUUCACCCCAUUGAGAAACUAAGCUUAUUAAACAAUUUCUAGAAGUUUUAUUUCUGUCACAAUGAUUUGGAAUGUGUAAAACAACCUAAAAGUGGCCAGUUGUUACUUUCUUCAAACACAAACCAGUAUGGAUUGACAGUUGGCUUAUAUACCUCAUUAGUGGCUUAUUUAAUGUAUAACAGGUCAGAAAUUGUUACUAAAAAUCUAUUCUUUACAUUUUUUUUAAAAAACACUAUCUGUUAUCAGUUGUGCAUUUUGCAUCAAUGGCCACAGCAUCCAAAUUUGAUCAGCCUAGUAUCUCUGGUUGUUGCAGUUAGAGAUCGAAGUAGGAUUCUGGGAGAUAUUCUCUUUUGAAUGUUCAUUCUGUGGCUAACCAGUUGCUAAAACUGGGUAUGAUACAUUUUUGCCAAUGUCCUCAGAGCAGUGAAAAAUCUUAGUCUAUGUGUGUCUCUAUUUUCGUGCUAUUUGUCGGAAUUUGAUUGUCCCAGGGGCAAUCAGAAGGGAAUACAUGCUGGCAAAAUAAAUCUUUGCGGUUUUUCAAAGAAAUUUAAUCCCAAAUUUUAAUUUUGCAGAUGAAAGAAAAAUUGAAUCAAAGGAAUUUGUUUAUUACAAGUUUUCAUUCUAGUCUGUACAAAAGGUUAUUGUUUUUAAAUGUUAAAAUUCACUUCUCUCAAAGCUACAAGAAUGUUAAGACAUAAUAAAUUUGGAACAAAUUAUGUUUGAGGUUUUAAUUAUUUGCUACAAAUCCCAAACUGUUGUAUACAGUGUUGGUUUAGUAAUAGCAACUAUUUUUAGGAUGGUGUUUUGAUGCUGAGCUGAGCUUUAAAACCAAGACUAAGUCCAUAAGCAACAGCCUACUAAUUCUAUCUCUGUGAAUGGGAUCAGAAAUUAAGAGAAGAGUUUAGAUAGGAGAAUAUGCAUGCUUGGAACUUUUUUAGGGAGCUUUUUAAUGGUGAUAGUGUGAAAGCAAGAAUGGAGUUUUGGGGUGUAACAGAUGAUAGACACAGCCUCUAUCUGACCGAAAAAUCACAGCUUGCUGUAAGUAAAGCAGCAGAUCAGAUUACCCAACAUUACAGCCCAAAAUUUAGACUGAUUUGAGGCCCUAACUCUUGAAGACUGGGUUAUAGAUAAUCAUUCAAAUUACUAUUAUUUUCUUCUAUAACUUACUACCAUUCCUUUAAUACUGUGUAUCUUACCACCAGCUCUUAACUACCUUCAGAUUCUCAUCUCUCACUUUUUGUAUAACAGUUAGAACAAGGUGAAGAGGGGUGCAUUGGGUUUCCUCUUUUUUGUUUAAACCUGCAGCAAAUAUUUUUGUUCUUUUUAACAUGCAGCUACUUCCUGCUUCAGUUAAAAUAUUGUUCUAGUGCAAGUUUAAGGAGCCAAAUGGAAGGAUGUUGUGAAACUCAAAGGGAUUCAGAAAAGAUUCACAAAGAUCUUGCCAGGCUUGUGGGGUUUAAGCUGUAGGGAGAGGCUGAAUAGGCUGGGACUAUUUCCCUGAAGCUUUGGAGGCUGAGGGAUGAUCUUUAUACAGGUUACAGGUUUAUAAAAUCCACAAGGGGCACAGAUAUGGUGAAUAGGCAAGGUCUUUUCCCUAGGGUGGGGGUGUCCAGAAUGAGAUUGCAUUGGUGUGAGGUGCAAAAUUUAUAAGGGACCAAAGGGGUAACUUUUUCAUGCAGUGGGUGAUGCAUGUAUGGAAUGACCUAUUUCAGGACAUGGUGGAAGUUGGUACAGUUACAACAUUUAGAGUCUUUACAGUGUGGGAGCAGGCCAUUUGGCUCAUCGAGUCCACACUGACCCUCUGAAGAACAUACCAUCACCACUACCAUUCCACCAGUAACCCUGCAUUUCCCAUGGCUAAUCCAAUAGCCUGCACACAAUGGGCAAUUUAGCAUAGCCAAUCCACAUGAUGUGCAUACGUUUGGACUGUGGAAGGAAACCCACACAGCCACUGGGAGAAUGUGCAAACUCCACACAGUUACCUAAGGCUAGAAUUGAACUUGGGUUGCGACUGCUGUCUGGCAGCAAUGCUAACCAAUGAGCCACUAUGCCACCCUUUAAAAGACAUCUAGAUGGUGAUAUCAAAGGAAGGGUUUAGAGUGAUAUGGGCUAAAAGUUGGCAAAUGGGUCUAAUUAAUUUAGGAUAUCUGGUCAAGGUGGACGUGUUGGACUGAAGAGUCGGUUUCCAUGCUGUACAGCUCUAUGACUCUAAUUACGAGGUUUCCUUGAGUGCUGUUAUUGUUGACAGUAACUAACUGUUUGUACUUUAUUACCUUCUUUAUUUGUACUUUUAUAGCUUUCCCCCAAGCUUUCUGCUACUCUCUUUAUAAUGUAUUGUGAGCUCUGUUGUCCAAUAUAAUGCACUGGAAUAAUAAUUGCAAUUUAUAUCAAUUCUGUAUCUGUGUGUUUCAGUAGGGGGACCAUGAAGUCCA